CUCUAACUGAUUAUGGAAAAUAGUGAGAAAGUAAAGGAAUAUGGAUAUCGAUCAAGUUAAAUCUACUGAACAGAAACUUACUGAUCAUAGUAAUAGUACUGAACAUGAACAGUAUCAACAGGCAAUUAUAAAACGUGAAGAACUUGCAACGUUACGAAGCAAGGUUGGACAAUUAUGUGAAAAAACAUUAAGUCAAGAAAGUGAAUUAAAAGCAAAAUCAACAUUGUUAACUAAAGCGGAAACAGAUAUUAUUAAAUUAACUCACAAAAACAAUGAAUUAAUAUCUGAAAAUGAAAAGUUAAAAAAACAGUUAAAUGAUUAUACAACAUGCAUUAAUACGAAAAUUACUGAAUAUGAAAUAUGCAAUAAAAAAUUGAAUGAAUUAAAUCAAUUAUUGAAAAGUGAACAAGAUAAGAUAGAUGAAUUGAAAAAACGUUUGAAUAAACAGAUAGAAGAGAAAGAAAAAUCUGAUUAUCAACUUGAACAAAAUGAAAAACGUUUAGAAAAUUUCAUUACAAAAAUGAUUCAUAUAUUUGAUAUAUUUUUACAAAAUGAUGAACAUUUACUUAUUGAUUGGAAGGAUGAAAAAAAUUUAGAAGAUUUAAUAGUUAAAGCCAAAGAUGUCGUUAAUGAAAAUUUAAAAAAUAAAGGACAUAUUCAAGAUUUAUUAGAUCGAUUAAAACAACAUGAAAAUGAAAAUGCUGAUCAAAAAUGUAGCAUGAAUCGUUUAGGUGAAUUAUUAACUAAGAACGAUUGUUAUGAACAAGAAAACAGAAAACUAAAUCAGGAAUUAGAUUAUAUUCGACGUAAUGAAAAAGCUUUAGAAGAACGAAUUCGUGUAAUGACUAAAGAAUUAAUUGAUUCUCAGCUACAUAUAAGAGAAUUAGAUAAACAAUUGCAAGAUACAAUGAGUAAAAACGAGAAACAUCAUUGGAGUAAUCAAAAUAAUUAUGAAGAAGAUAAUUUAUUAUUUCGAAAUUCAUUGGCUUCAUUGCUAUCGUAUAAUAAUUUCCAAUGUAAUCCAACUGAAACAUCAAUCAAAGAAAGUAUUAGAAAGUUUAUGAGUGAAUUACAGGAACAAAAAGAUUUGCAUUCAAGACUUGAAAUUCGUUUAUCAGACACAUUAAGACGUUUAGAUCAUUCACAAGCUUCUAAACACGAAAUGGAACGUAUGUUAGAGAAAACAGAACGGGAAUGUUUUGAUCUGCGUGAACAGAUCAGACGUCUAGAAACAGAUUUAAUAAAUUCUGAUUUGGUGAAGCAAGAACAACGCUCAGAUAAAUCAAAAAUUUUCUCGUAUCUCUGUAAACUUGCAGCGAAAGUGAGAAUAGAUGAAAAAGUUGCUUCAGGAAUGAGAUUUGACGAAUUACAAGAAGUUCUCUUGACAAGAAUCGGACAAAUAAUUAGAGGUGAAUACACUAUGUUAAGUGAUGUUCAAGCUAAUGCUGAUCGUAUGAAUGGUUUAAAUCGUAAAGUGAAAAGAUUACAAGAUCAACUCGCAAGUAGAGAAAUACAAUUAGGUUUGUGGAAAGAGAAAGCUAGUAAAUUAGAAGAUCAAUUGUCCAGUAUAUCUGAAACUGAAAUGAAAGCUCAUGCAAAUAAAAUUGCAGCCGAAAAAUCAGCCAUCAAUGCUAGACGAUCAGAAUUAGAAGUGUCUAGAUUAAAAGAUGAAUUAACUCGUUUAAAAGCGGAACUAUUAGAUUUUAGUGAUGCUAAAAUUAGCGUAGUUAAGUAUGAAGAACAACUGGCCGAGCUAACUAAACAAAACAGAGAACUGGAAAGUAUACGUCAAAGUCAAGCGACUAAAAUUGCUGAGUUAACAGAAAAAAUGGAAUUGCAAACAAAUGAGGAUAGCGAUAACCGUAGUCGAUUAGAAGAAGAAUGUAAAUGUUUAAUGAAUGAAUUACAAUCAACUAGAAAGUCAAUGGAACAACUUCAACGUUCUGAAAGAGAGGUAGUGCGAGAUUUUCAAUUUUAUGUACUUUUCUUAAUCCAAUUUUAAGAAAACUUUUUUAAAAGUAAGUGUAGCUAUUUUUCUAUGUAAAAGUUAUGAUUUUGAGCGGUGAUUUGGCUUUGACCAUGAAUUAAAUUCUGAGAGAAACAUUGUAGACUAGAGAGUGCAAGUAAUUUAACUCAUUUAAAAUUCACAAGUUUUUGUACUCAUUUUUGAGUCAAAUAUUUUAUGGGAAAACUAAUAAUGCUGAUCAGCUAUCCAGAUCGAAGUAAGUGGAUCAAGGGUGCAACUUGAAAACUAGUGGUUGAUAGUUCAAUGUCUUAACCGCUAAGUUACUAUUUGACCAGAAAAUAUUAAACACUGUUUUGAUUCUAACAAGUAAAUGGUCGAAAAAACCUCAGGAGCCAGGAAAACUUAGUUAUUUAAUCACUGUUAAACUAUUAUGAUAUAAUUAGAUGGUGGUCAUUGUUUAGUCUGAAUUAAUUCAUGAUAAAGGGUCAAUAACGUUAGACUCACCAAUCUAUAUUUCGUUGAUCCGACCAGGUAACAAUAGUUUGGUAUUAAUUAUUUAGUAGAUCAAAUAUGUAAACGGUGAAUCGUAACUGAACUUAAAUCAUUUAUUAAAUAAAAUUCCAAAUUCUGUGUAUCUAAUUUCAAGUUAUUCGAAUAGUAAAAAGAAAUCGAAUUUGUCUCAUAUUCAUGUUUGAACUGAAUAUUUGAGUAAUUUGCUUAAAUUAGUGAUCAUGUUUUUACAUAUAGUGGUUUAGUUUUGCCUAAGAUUUGAAAUAUUAUACACAGCAUUAUUGAUUUGGAACUUCUCAAGCAUAUGAAUAACAUAUUGAAGUCAUUUGUGUUAAAUAUACUUCACCUACGUAUACUUUUCAACAAUCAAGUCAUAUAUUUAUAGAAAACUUUUAAAAAGAUUGUACUAAGUUAUUUUUAAUAACGUGGAAGAUUUUUUAGAAGCUAAACACUAUUAUUAAAUAAUUGCCACGUGUCAGUAUCAUUCAUGGAACCAAACUCCAUUUUAAUGCCGUCAAGUGCAUUUUUAGGUAAAACUUCUAAUUACCUCAUUAAUCGAUAUAAUUAUCAUGGAUUUUAACCCCUGUAGGACUAUGAAUAUCAUAAAUUGAGUCCAAAAAAUUUAUAAUCUAUGAUGAUAUGAGCAACGAAAUUAUCAAUCCUUGUGGAUUUGUGAACCAUAUAGAUUGAAAUCAGUAAAUAUUCAUAAAUUUACUUAAGGUCUCAGUUUAUUUUAAGUAAUCCAUUCAAUAAACGACAAAUUUCGUUUCAUAGCUUCUCAUCAGAUUAGGCAACACACAUGACAUUGAAUUUUCAGGAUCUCUUUUGUAUUAUCAAUAAUCAGCUUUAAGGAAUUCAUAACAUAAAACAGUUAUUUUCCUAAAAGUUUAAAAAUGAUUGUCAGUAGCUAAUGUACUUUUGAAACGGAGGCUGAAAAAAUCCCGCGAAAUAAAUGUUACUCCCCCAAACUGUUUGUUAUUGAGAUGACUAAGUCUAUGAUUCCAUAUAAACCUAAAAAUUAUAACCCAGCCUACUUACCAGUUCACAUGUACACGUGGACAUAUUUACAUAAGAAUCAGUAAUCGUACUAUGCAAUCAUAGUUAGUGGGAGAUUCCCCGAAAUAACUUUUGAAUCAUUUAGCAUCACUUGCUCAUAAAGACACCAAGAUCAGAAAGCCAAGCUUCUCGAUAGUAAAAUAUAUUAUUAAAACAAGUAUAUGUGAUCAGGUAAUGUUUUAUUUGUAAUUCAUUGAGAUAACACAUCACAAUUUAUUAUCAACUUCGUCCUCUCAUUAUAUUUUCAAAAUAUUAUGUUUUGUUGUUACUAUCAUAGCUUCUGGAAUUCAGAGCACUUGUUGGUCGUCUUCUUGGUUUAGAUACAGAAUUAUUAACAGUACCUAAUUAUGAUAUUAUCAGUCGUUUAGAAACAAUAAUUACACAUCAUCAAGUUGUUCAUGAUAAUUCAAUGUUGUCACAUAUGAACGAUGCACAUUCACCGAAUAGAAAAUCAAGUUCAUUGACUAAAGAUACUGGCUUACAACGAAAUACUACGGCAGAUUGUUAUAUGGCCGGACCACAUACAGCUAAAACAAGAUCUAAACAAGCUUGGACUAAUACUUGUGAAGAUUGUUCAAAAUCAUGUAAUCGUUCAGUGAGAGAUUCUUUAGAAAAGUACAGGGAAAAGUGCCAUCCAUCUGAAUCAAUAAAACACGAUCCAAGAAAGUAUUAGUUAUGUUAUCAUUUACUUAAAAGCACUUACAUUACAAGUUAUUUUUGAUUUUAAAAUGUUUCUUUGCAUCAAUACAAAGAUAACUACAAUUCUAUCAAUUGUUCAUAGAAUAAUGUUUUUAUCUAUCGGUUGUUCUAAAUACCUUUUUUCUCUUAUUCAUUUAACUUAAAAUUAUCAAAUGAACUUCUAAUUAGAUUAUACAAAUAAACACACAUUUUGUGAGACGGCCUCUCGAAAUUUCUCUUAUUAAUGAAUUUUUUCUUAUUAUGUUUAUUAAUAUUAUUAUGCAUUCUAUCAUAGCUGUGAUGAUGUUACAAUUUUACUUUAACUACACAAUCGAAUAUUAAUUCGACAGUGAAUGUAACACAUUUUAAUACUCUUCGAUAGAACAAGUACUACGUCCCUAAUAAAUAUUGACCUAACCCACAAACUAUUCCGAAGACAAAAAUGUUCAACAUUAAUGUCUCAAAUCAAUAUAUCAUGGUGGAUCAGCCCGCAAAGUUCCUUAAAGUUCAUUUAUUUUCUUGCUUUCGUGAAAUGAUGUUAUAGACCAGCUUGAUUGUUACUUAUGACAGCUGCC